AUGAUACAGAGUAACCAAAGCAAUCACGGUAGCCAUUCGGUUUCUUCCUUUCAAACUUCAACAACUUUGAAUUCUUCUUCUAAUCAUUUAUUUUCAUCCAAUGCCAUGCCACCACAAACACAAUGGGGUGAGCUCACAUUAGACGAUGAGCAAAGUCCUCUCCUUCAGACGCUUCAGAGAAGUAUCUUUCAUAUUUACUUCACACCCCCGUCUUCUAUGGUCGAUCAUCACAUGACUAGUGCUGUCAGUAAUCAUUCCAACCCGACGUCCGAUGUCAAGAAAUUCAAAUUACAACUGGUCCUGUUUUCGACAUGUUCUCUCGAGAAUCAAGAUGAAGGACAACCUUCAUCACGCUCUAGUUGUGUAGAUUUGACUGUUAUGUCUGCUGGUUCGUUCUUUGAUCAGAGUCAAUAUUACGUCAUGGUGAGAAAACCUUCGCUCAUGAUGGAGGCGUUAGCUGGAGUGACAGAAAUGUAUUUUUAUAUGCGAGAUGAUCGUGGAAUUGAAUACAAGAGUAAGAUUUUUCGUUGCAAUGAACACCAAGCAGGAACGAAAUCACAAGAAAUGACAAUUGACAGCAACCUUCAUUCAGAUCAUUCCCUCACUGUUGAAAAGAAACAAGUGUUGAAAAAGUUGAAAGAAUCUCCUUUGGGAUCUACUCUUUCAGAACCAAUUUUCAAUCAAUUCUUGUCCCAUUUAUUUGACAAAUUUGACCAAUCCACUUGUGAAUUAUUUGGAACCACUUUUCCUUUGUUUGGUAACUAUGAUAUCCAAAACUGCUCUUUCACACUGAUCGACGGUGGCACAAAAAGAGAUUCUGCUCUUCAUUCCUUUUGUAGAUUUUCUCGAAUUCUCAUGUCUCUUCACUUGGGAAAGUCAUUAUUAUUUGUUCGACUUGUCAACUUUAAGAAACAUGGUCAACCAUCGACUGUGAAUUCCAACAACAGCUUUCCAACCAAAACAUCAUCUCCAACCACUGCUUCUUCACCAUCUUCUCAAUCCUCUUCAAAAUUAAGUUUUACCGAAACUCAGAAUUUCAACUCUUCUCUCAUUGAGCGCGCUUGCACUUCUCCCCUUUCCAUUCCUUCCCAAAAAGGAAAGUAUCAUUUCUUUGCCACCAGUAUUUCUGGAACAAAGGGAGACACUUGUUGCUUUGUUCAUGAAAAUUUCAAUCUUCAACACUUGCGAAAUUUAUUGGGAGAUUUUUCGAGAGCUGAGAAAAGUGGUCCUUGUAAAACCUUUUCGAGAAUGGCUCUCAAUUUUGGAAAAUGUUUGAAAAGUGAAAGACCUCUCUGUGAAGAGAAGGAAGUUUGUUACUUGUCAUCGAAGGAGGAAGAGGAAUUUCCUGGAACGGAUGGAAUUGGAUUUAUUCAUGAAGAGUUGGCUCAUGAAUUGUUGUUAUCGGUGUAUAAGGAUCCAUAUGAUGUGCAGGGUGAAAAAUCAAAAACAAAAUUACUAUUUAAGGAAAAAAGAGAAUUGAGAGGUAUUGGUGCUAUUCAAGUACGUUAUGCUGGAUGUAAGGGAGUAUUGCAAUUGAUUCCUGCUUCGUAUUGGUCCACUCUUCAGAAACAGUACAACUUGUCAGAUGCCAUUCGAGUGGUCUUUCGAGAUUCCAUGGUCAAAUUUAACGGAAAUACUCAAAUCUAUCCAUAUAUGGAUAUUUUAAAUUAUUCCUCCAUCCAAGGUGGAUACAUGAACAGAAAUGACAUGAGUUGUUUAUUAAUUCGAUCUUCUCGUCCCAAAGAGAUGCAACAAGUAUUUCAACAAGCCUUAAAAGAAUAUCUCAAUGAAAUGAUUGAAAGAAAAGAGGAUCCUUCCUUCAUUUGUAAUCAAUUAUUUCCCAUUCAUCAUGAAGAAUCUACGAUGGAUUCUAUGGAAAUGGUCAUUCAUUCCAUGGUCAUGGCUGGUCAACGAUUGGAUAAUCCAUUUUUACAAAAGAGAAUUCACAAAAAAAUUAAGUGCAAAUUUCAGAGCUUGUUGGAUGAUUCUGUAAAUUUGAGAAUUCCAUUUCCAUGCGUGGAUUUAAUUGCAGAAAUUGAUGAAAGCAGAGCAUUGAACGAUGAUGAAAUUUAUGUUCCAUGUGAAAAGUUGAUUCAAGAUUUGGGUUUUGCUGAAUAUCAAAAAUUGGAAUUUGUCAUUGCGUAUCGACAACCAUUGACCUAUGAAGGAGAUUUUCAAAAAUUCAAAUUGGUGAAGAAUCCACAAAAUGAAUUUUUGAAAUCUCGUGUCAACUCCGUGGUGUUUCCAAAAUUGAAAGGUCGCAAGUCACCUCAUCAAUUCAUGGCAGGUGGUGAUUUAGAUGGUGACUUGUACAAGAUCAUUUAUCAUCCAACAGUGGUCAAACUCUUUGAUCAAUUUUCUUCUCCAAAAAUUGAUUACGAUGAAGGAAAGAAAACUGUCAUUGCCACUCGUCCUCCAACCAUUCACGAAUGCAUUCAAGCCAAUAUUAAGGCCUUCUCCAACAAGAAUACUCAUACAGGCCUUUUGUAUUUUCAUGCCUUUGUGUUACGUGAGAAACCACAUUUGAAUUUGGAUUUGAGAAAACGCGUUUGUUUGGCACAUGCAGAGUCAAUUGAUGCCAUGAAAAGUGACACGCCUCCACAAGAUUACAAGAAAUUAUAUCAAGAAAUUGAUCAGUUGAAAUUGAAAAGACCAGAUUGGUGGGAAAUGAAAGCUAAUUUGAAAUUGAAGAAUUUAUCAAAAGUUCUUCCCCUGUUCAAUAAUUCCUUUGAAUGUGAAAUGACCAAGAUUGUAAUGGAACAAUUCAAGAUUUUGAAAGAACAGAAAAAACCAUACAACAUGGUCAUUGAUUCAGAUUUAAUGAAUGUCGGUAAAUAUAAGGAACAUGAAUUGGACUGGAAAUUGGAAUUCGAAAAUAGUUUGAAAGAAUGGAAUUACACUUGGAGUUCUGAAAAGAAUUCCAUAACGUCAAAUUUCAAUCAACUCAUGGAUGAAACGAGCCAAAAACGACUCCAUCGAAGAGCCAUCACAGAACAGAUUGUGAAUGGUAUUUAUGAAAGCAUUUCAUCUUCUGUAGAAAAUGAUCAUCAACGAUGGUGGAAGAAAUUUGUUGGAAACGACGAACAACAACACAUCAAUGAAGAUGUUUUGCUUCAUAAGGCAUCGUAUUGGUUAAGUUUGGCCUAUGAAAAUGAAACACAAGCAAAACGACCAUUUGUAUAUACUUGUUGUUACAUGUAUUUGAAUGAUUUGAAGUGUAAAAGAAGUGCUCAUAGAAAGCCACAAAAUGUUUUGGCAAGAGUGGUCCAUCCAUCGAUUUCAGUGAAAGUCAUUUCAAAAUAA